GUCACGAGUGAGGUUUGGUUGGUCUAGUCGUCACGGGUCUAGUACGGCCCAAAAGCCUGCGGGAGUCCGGAUCCCCACAGUGGCUCGUUCUUAAGUGAAUCAUCUUCCCACUGUCCUCACUUUGUUUUUCUCAUCAUGUCCGAUAAUCCAUCAUUCGUACUUAAAGGCAUCCUGGAUGUUGAGAUCCAGCAAAAGCCAAUUCCAGAGAUUGACCCCAAUGAAGUCCUCGUGGAAGUGAAGAAGACAGGAAUCUGCGGCUCAGAUGUACACUUCCUUGUCCACGGAAGGAUCGGAGAUUUUGUUGUAGAGAAGCCCAUGGUGCUGGGUCACGAGGCAGCGGGCGUGGUCUCAAAAGUUGGUUCCAGAGUGACCAAUGUCAAAGUGGGUGACAGAGUCGCUAUGGAGCCUGGCGCAACAUGUCGCAGGUGCGAAGCUUGCAAGGAGGGUCGCUAUCAGCUUUGCCCCGAUGUCAUCUUUGCUGCUACCCCUCCUACGGAUGGCACCCUCGCUCGUUACUACCGCCUACCAUCUGAUCUCGCUUACCCGCUUCCACCAAACCUUAGUCUCGAGGAUGGAGCAAUGAUGGAACCUCUUUCCGUGGCAGUCCAUGCCGUCUCGAACCUCGGGGCUUUGCGGUCGAACCAGUCCGUCGCCGUCUUUGGCUGUGGACCUGUUGGACUUCUAUGUAUGGCCGUCGCAAAAGCUCUUGGCGCUUCCCGUGUUAUCGCUGUUGAUAUCGUUCCUAGCCGUCUCGAAUUUGCCAAAGCAUAUGCUGCAACUGACAUUUUCCUACCUCCUCCUAUGGAGAAGGAUGAAUCGAGAGUUGAAUUCUCGAUGCGCAAUGCCCAGGCGAUGAAGGAGAAGCUCGGAAUCGCUGAUCGGGGACCUCAGGCAAUUGACCUGGUUUUGGAUGCUUCGGGUGCGGAGGUUUCUAUUCAGACUGGGAUCCGAAUCGUCAAGAGUGGUGGCACCUACGUUCAGGUUGGCAUGGGUAACCCCAAUGUCAACAUCGACAUGUUUGUUGUCAUUUGCAAGGAACUCGUCCUCAAGGGUUCUUUCCGAUAUGGCCCCGGCGACUACCCUCUCGCCAUCGCCCUCGCUACGUCAGGCAAGGUUGACGUCAAGCCCCUUGUGUCGCACCGCUUCCCGUUCACUCAGGCGCGUGAGGCAUUUGAAACUACUCGCAAUGGCAAGAGCCCCGAUGGCAAGGGGGUCAUCAAGGCCAUCAUAUCCGGACCUGAUGUCGACAUCAACGAGGCUUGAAAAACCACAUGAAAUAUUAUGCAUUUGCAGGGAAAACAUAGCACGAACGUCAUUCAUGAUCAUGUAUUUCGAUUAUCAUUCUGUCAUUUGUAUAUUGUACGCGAAUUGUUGCUGUUCAAGGAGAUAUGAUGGGCAUCUGAGAUCUGAUGGCUCGCCAGCCUAGUAGAGAGAUGAAGAAAGAACGUACGUUCUGUCACCUGUGUAUAGUAGUACAUCAUGAUGAGCAAUACAAGACCAAACAGAGGUUGAACUUCUUGAAGCUA